ACCCAACCCAAUUAGCACGAAACACACAGUAUCUAGCUAUCUAGCAAUAGCCAGCACACAACAGAACGCAGGUUAACCUGGCCAUCAUGGAGCUCCUCCCUUGCAUCGCCACGCUCCUCAUCCUCCUCUCUUGCUCCCUGGCAGCAGCAACGUCGCCUCUGGGGACAAUCGAGCGCGUAACUAAGCAGCAAAUCCUGGCAAGCAUCCCCCCGGUCGGGGGCGCGCCCGUGCUCUUCCUCACGUCGCCGUCCGGCAAGUACGCGGCCUACUUCGUGCGCACGCACACCGUGCCGGGCGCCGGCGGCCUCGGCGCCGACUUCUGCUACGUCGAGAUCAUCGACACCACCACGACGGCCGCCUCCGGCGCACAUGGCGGCACCGUCGAGGGCGAGGAGGAGGGCGCUGCUGGGACGAGCGUGUGGGAGUCGGAGUGCCAUCCCAUCAGCACCGUCAACACGUGCGCGCUGCUCUUCUCGUGGCAUGGGCUGGAGGUGUUCGACGGCGCCGAGGAGGUGUGGCACGGCGAGACUAACACCGACGGCACCAACUUCCUCGAGACGCUCGAGCUCGUGGACGACGGCGACAUGCGCAUCCGCGACAAGGACGGCGAGCUCGCGUGGCGCGCCAGCGACGAGCCGCGGCACGCGCAGCACUGCGGCGCGCCGGGCUCGCCGGGGCUCGCCGCUGCGCUCCCGCCCUUCGCCGAGCCGCUCGGCGCGCACAGCAGCAACCUGCCCUUCGGCCAGGAACCGGAUGGCAACGGACACUCGGCCGAGCUGCCCCAGGCGGCAGAUGUCGGCAGCGGAGCAGCGGCCUUUGGGGCGCCGCAGGGGUGA